UGGAACGGCGCGCAUGCGCAGAGGGGAAGGCGAGUCAACCUGGAGGGAGAGACCCCUUUUCUGGAGGGAGACCUCAGCUUGCUGGGAGGAGAGGUUAAAAGGAACUAGAUUCACAUCCAAAGCUGAACUGGAUUUGCUCCUGAAGCAGAAGAAGGGGGAAUCCCCGGAAGGAAUUUGGGUCUCUAUUCUGAGGCGAGGACUGAGGCGCGAUGAACGCCAUCGUGGUCCUUUGCCAUUUCUGCGAACUGCACGGCCCGCGGACUCUCUUCUGCACCGAAGUCUUGCACGCCCCCCUUCCGCAGGGCCCGGGAAAUGGGGACAGCCCUGGGCAGGAAGAGGAAGAAGGAGGCAUCCAGAUGAGCAGCCGGAUUCGCUCGCACAGCCCGGCAGAGGGUGCCAGCGCCGACUCUAGCAGCCCGGGACCGAAGAAGUCGGAUAUGUGUGAGGGUUGCCGUUCCCUCCCAGCGGGCCACCCAGGCUACGUCAGCCACGACAAAGAGACCUCCAUUAAGUACGUCAGCCACCAGCACCCCAACCACCCACAGCUCUUCAGCAUUGUGCGCCAGGCCUGCGUCCGCAGCCUCAGCUGCGAGGUGUGUCCGGGCCGGGAGGGUCCCAUCUUCUUCGGGGACGAGCAGCAUGGCUUCGUGUUCAGCCACACCUUCUUCAUCAAAGACAGCCUGGCCCGGGGCUUCCAGCGGUGGUACAGCAUCAUCACCAUCAUGAUGGACCGCAUCUACCUCAUUAACUCCUGGCCUUUCUUGCUGGGCAAGAUCCGGGGGAUUAUUGAUGAGCUGCAGGGCAAAGCGCUGAAGGUGUUUGAGGCAGAGCAGUACGGCUGCCCUCAGAGGGCUCAGCGCAUGAAUACAGCCUUCACGCCUUUCCUGCACCAGAGGAACGGCAACGCAGCCCGCUCCCUCACCUCGCUGACCAAUGAUGAGAACCUGUGGGCCUGUCUCCACACUUCUUUCGCGUGGCUCUUGAAGGCGUGUGGGAGCCGGCUGACGGAGAAAUUGCUGGAGGGCGCGCCCACCGAGGACACGCUCGUUCAGAUGGAGAAGCUCGCUGAUCUUGAGGAAGAAUCUGAAGGCUGGGACAACUCCGAGGAGGAGGAUGGGAAACCUUCCAGCCGGGCAGACGUCAGGGAAGGCCGUGAACUGGUCAAGAGCCCCACCGAUUCGUCUCUGAUGCUGGACUGCGGUAGCUGGAAUGGUGGAGUCCGAAACCAGCCUGUUUUCCGCUCCCUCCGGCACUUGAGACAGGUCCUGGGGGCAUCAUCUUUUCACAUGCUGGCGUGGCACGUCCUCAUGGGGAACCAGGUCAUCUGGAAAGCCCGGGAUCCAGAGCUCGUCCAGUCUGCCUUUGACGUCUUAUGGACCAUGCUGCCGAUCGGUUGUGUUCGCAUCAUCCCCUACAGCGACAAAUACGAAGAAGCCUAUAAGUGUAACUUCCUCGGGCUCGCCCCUCACGUGGCCGUCCCACCUCACAUUCUGUCGUCUGAAUUUGCUGUCCUUGUGGAAGUCCGCACUGCCACCCGCUCAAGCCUCUACCCUGUUUUGUUCGACGAUGAGCAGGCCCUCAGCAAGUACGAAUUUAUAGUCACCAGUGGGAGCCCCGUUGCAGCCGACAGAGUUGGCCCUACCAUCUUGAACAAGAUCGAGGCUGCUUUGACAAACCAGAACCUUUUGGUGGACGUUGUAGACCAGUGCCUCAUCUGCCUGAAGGAGGAAUGGAUGAAUAAAGUGAAAGUCCUCUUCAAGUUCACCAAAGUGGACAGCCGGCCGAAGGAAGACACCCAGAAGCUGCUGAGCAUUCUGGGAGCCUCCGAGGAGGACAACGUGAAGCUCCUGAAGUUCUGGAUGACGGGCCUCAGCAAGACAUACAAGUCUCACCUCAUGUCGACCGUGCGCAGCCCGACGUCGUCGUCGUCCUCCGAGUCUCGAAACUAGUCCAGCAUUUGUGGGGGAAUCCCUCGCUUUGGCCUUCCUCAUGGGCACUGUUGCUUCUACCUGGAAAACUGAGGCAACGAAGAAUGGGAUUCUUGGAUAUCCAUGGAGAGCUAUGACUUACUGCUAUAUCCACAAAUGCCUUAAUCCCCUCUGUGAUGGUUUCCAAUAAUUCAGGUGUGCCCAUUGUGGGGAAUAUUUCCCAGGUCUGUUGGACAGAAAGGAACGAUUGUGUCUUGGACUGUGCUUCAGCAACCGAUACCACAAAGCUGGGAACUUUUUUUGGGGGGGCGGGGUGAACCUUGUGAACCUUGAAGGCACAUGGAGGUUUCUGACCUUUUCCAACACUGUCCUUGAAAAGUGCCUAACCCAUUUUCAGAUGGGAAAUGGCUCUCCUUUGCCUUUGCUGGUGUAUGGUCAUAAUAUUCCUGUAUCGUAGAACCUGUGAAUGUGUCUGCGGGUGGGUUAACAUAAUUUUAGAAAGUGUUCUCUUCAUGGUAGUCGAUUUCCCACAGUGCAGCCAAAAGGAAAACCAGAGGUUGUGUUCUUAUAUCGAAGGGAUAUUGGGCCGGUAGACUGGCACUAUGAUUCAGCUGUUUUCUUCUAACCUGCUAGAUACAUGGACUCAAAACGGGCCUUGUCCUGAAAGGGGAAACUGAAUUUUCGCAUUUAAGGCCCUGGACUUUCUAUUCUCGUGGAAGGCAAUGAAAACUUUUUAGAUGACUUCCAUUUCUUUUCCCUCCCCAAAGAUUCUUAGUACUUCGAAGAAAAUCAACACCAUUUUGGUAAGAUCUCUUUAUUUUCAGGUGCAAGUGGAGAAGAAAAAGUUUCAUUAAGAGUAUGUCGCAUCUCAAUAUCCACUGUUCAUCUAAGGGCUGGCAUCUGACCCAAGGGUUGCUUGUUUCAGAUAUAAAAGAAGUAUUAGGUGUGACAUAAGCAAAAUUCAGUGUCCUGUGUAUUCAGGAGGGGGGAAGCAUCCUUUGGAACCUCCAAAAGAACCUUUUUAUCCCCAUGUUUCUCACUUUUGUUCCCUUUAUAUUUAAUAGUUGCAUAUAGCUUUGUAGUCUGCCUCUGAAUUCCUUUGCAAGCGACUCCCCCCCCCCCCCCGAAAAAAAAAUACUUACGUGGAAAUUUAAAAAGGGAGAAAUGAAGAUAGCAUUUUAAAGCUGGAUAUAUUUAACUUCUUGGACGAUUAUCUCUAGAUGUUAACACUUUCUUAUCCCAGCCUGUGUAGUUUAAAGUUUUUUUUUAAUAGACCGUGGCUUAUUUUCCUAUACAGGAAGGAUUUCUUAAGACCAUAUGACUUGAUCUCAGUAGUUUUAUAUUGAUUUUAAUUUAUAAGCUGUGUGCAACCAAAUAAAAGAGCCAUUUCCCCCCC